AUGAGUGUUUUCCCGUCGGGGUAAAAGGGGAGUGCUCCCUUUGUGCGUCGAGCGGAGAUCCUGUUUGCGCAGGCUGCGCGCGGCGCCCGCAGUAGCGCCGCCGGCCCGUCGCCGGCCGCUCUCACGUACCCGGCCCCCGCAAUCACGCAAGUCUUCCAUUAGAUUAAUAAGUCUCUUUAGCUUAAGAAACCAAGUCUUCCACUAGUUUUAAGUAUGCAAAGGGGCAGGGGAUCGCGUCGCGAACAAAAUACAAAUAGAGUAGUUUUCGAGAGGCUAUGGCGCGGGACGUUCCAAGCGGUCGUCGCGCCGGGGCGAGGCGGGCGGCCGCGAGCGGCGUCGCACGAACCUUUACCGGAAGCCUUACCGCCGCCGCCGGAGACUCAGGGGCCUUCGCACGCGGCCGAUGUGCUCGAGCCGGCGCUCCGCACUCUGCUCGCGGGCCUGCGUGGCACCUGCUGCUGCCGCUGCGGCUGUGCCGCAGCCGAACGCAAUUAUAACGAUAAUUUGCAGGUCUGUCUCUCCAAUGACGAGGAGAGGAAGUCCAUGCGGUCCGUCAUAAGUGUGCGCGAAACGCACGCGGUGGCGGAGGCGCAGCAGGCGAAGAACGCGCGGCUGCGCGACGCGUUCGGCAUCUCGCCGCGCUUCGUGGAGGGCUCCAGCCUGGACCCGGAGCGGCGCGCGCGCGAGCACGCAGCGAGGUACCCGCUCGUGCGCACACCCAGCCACGAGCGCGAGGAGCGCCCGCAGCCGCCCAAGAAGAAAAAGAAACGAAGCACAUCGCCUGAAACAAAGAAAAUAAAGAAGAAAAAAUCUAAGAAAAACAAAAAAGAAAAGCAGGUUAUGUUGCCGCUAUCGAAGAGCGAGAGAAAAAUGUUAUGGGAUUUCAUACGUAGGCAAGACGGCAAGAAAAAGAAGAAGCGCUCCAAAUCCCCCGACUCUGAGAGCUCCAGCGACAGCGACUCCAGCGAGUCGCACGACAGCUCCGACGACGACAAACGCAGGAAGAAGAAGAAAAAGUCGAGUUCAAGACGUCGCGGCAGCAGCCAGCCCUCUACCAGAGAAAGCUCGCCAGUGAAAAACAAGAAAGCUUCUAAAGAAAAGAAGUGGGAAGAUACAAACGACAGAGAAAACGAGAAUCACAGAAACAAAGACCGUGAAGAUAAAAACAGGAAAUAUGACAAACGAGAUGAACCGCAAAGGAAAAGAAGUGAAUCUAGAAGGAAAGACGAAAGCCCGGAGCGUCAGGCCUCGCCGCAGCACAGACAUAAGUCUUAUGUCACUAAAAUAGACAAUCGCAGAGAACCAUCAAGAGAAGGCUCAGAGAAACGGGUACCCAAGCGCAACCGUAGAGAUCGCUCAUCGUCCAACGAGUCCCAAGAACGAGUAGAGAAACCAAAGAAACGUCGCGAUCACAGCGGCUCACCGACUGAGAAACGUAGACGAAAAAGCGACUCCCCCGAUAGGAACAGAGAUGACAGAAAAGAUAACUAUUACAGAAAGGAAAAAGCACCGAACAGACGCCGAGAAAGCCCAGAAAUUAGAGACAGGCGGCAGCGGAGCGAAUCGCCUAAUUAUAGAAAGAAAAGAAGAGAGGAACGCGAGGAGUCAUAUGGGAGAAAGGAAGAUAGAAAUGAUAAAAGAAGGAAUAAUCAUGAGCGUUUAGAAGAAGAGCCGAGAAAGAAGAAUUACGAAGAACCGCGCAGAAACAGAGAGAACUACGAGGAGCCACGGAGAAACCGAGAGAGCUACGAGGACAAAAAUCAUCGCAGAAAGAGAUCGCCCUCUCAAGAUAAACGGUCGCCAUCACCGGAGCGAGACCGUUCACCUAAAAACCGGAACAAAGAUAGGAAGGAACCCGCAAAAUCUUACAAAAACUCGAGACCGGAAAGGCACGCCUCGUCUUCAGAAUCUGAGGACGAACAGAAAAAGUCAAAUAAAGCUAAAGACAAAUCGAGAUAUUACAAAGACAGAAGCCCGUCCCCACAAAGGGAGCGGCGACGAAGUCCGAGCCCAGACUACAGGAGGAAACGAUCGCCAUCCCCUAAGAAGGCGGAUAAGUACAAGAGCGUAGUGAAACCCGUGGAGAACAAGCGCGAGCGCAGUCGGUCGAGAAGGUCACCUUCUCCGAGCUCGCGGCGGAGGUCACCGACCCCAAGCGCGCGCCGGAGGUCACCGACCCCGGAGCGGCGGCGGUCACCCAGCCCCGACCGCCGCCGGCGGCCGCCGUCGCGCUCCCCCGUCAGAGAUAGACGCAGAGAGUUCAGAAAGUCCGUCGAACGAAAAUCUCCCCCCAAAACUGUAAACAGAGAUAGAGAGAAGAAGGAGAACCAUGAGCGCUCCCGCGAACGCGAGCGGCGAGAACGCAAAUCUAGAUCGCGAAAUCGCAGCCGCAGCACAUCCAGCCUCAGCUACUCGCCGGCGAGAAGAAGCCCCGAACGUUACCGUGAUAUUAUAGACCAGUUACCGGAGAAAGACAAACGAAAAUACAUCCGAGUCCCGGACAAAAAGAAAACCUCCAACGUCAAGCCCACUGCUGUUUGCUUGAGAAGCUCUUCGAGUGAAAGCGGCGAUGGCGGCGACGGCGAUACGUUGCCGCCCGACGAGCGUGCCAGACAAAACGAACUUGACUUACAAGAAUUCCACGACUUGAAACUGCGAUUAGCUCAAAAAGCCAAAGCUUCCAUGGAGCGGCGACGCGACGAAGAAGCGACCACAUCCCGCUCGGAACCGCCGCUCGCAACUAAACGUACUCCGACUCCUGAACAGAAGUCUCCUGAGAAGCCCAAAGAGGUCGCGAAGGAAGUAAAGGAGCCUGAACCUAAAAAGGACAAAAGUCCUUUGAAUAUAGAGAGUUCUCCAGAGGAACGUAGGAAAGAAGUUCGAAAGCGUAGUGGUUCUCGUAGGAGUUGGUCAAGAUCAUCCGGUUGGCGCUCGUCACGGUCAAAAUCGAGAUCGCGCGGCAAGUCGAGGUCUAAAUCUAGAUCACGCAAGUCCCGAUCGCGUGACAAGUCGAGAUCCAAGUCCAGAUCACGCGGGAAAUCGAGGUCGAAGUCGCGAUCGCGUGAUAAGUCGCGGUCGAGGAACAAGUCGCGGUCGCGCGGGAAGUCGUCGCGUUCACGAUCGAGGUCGCGGUCGCGCUCGAGGUCUUCGCGGUCCAGAUCCAGGUCCUACUCGUCGUCAAGAGGUUCCCGCUCGUCGCGCUCCAGCUCGUACAGCAGCCGCAGCUCCUCGCGCUCCUCCCGCUCCACCUCCACUCGCUCCUCGAGAACAAUGACGGGCGUGUACGCCGAUUACCGUAGAUCGGCCCCGCGGUCCCCGCGGUCGCCGCGGUCCCCGCGGUCCCCCCGGUCCCCCCGGUCCCCGCGGUCCCCGGCGGCGCGCGCGGCGCGGGAGCGCUCGCCGUCCAUCCCGCGGCGCGCCGGCUCGCCGAGCUUCCUGGACCGGCGCCGCAUCACCAGCGCACGAAAGCGGCCGAUCCCGUACCACAGGCCGACGCCAUCAUCGCAAUCCAGCGGCAGCUACAGCAGCUCCAGCGAGCGCAGUUGGUCGCGCUCGCCCAAGCCAGACCGAGACUAAGAAGAUGACCGACUUUGUUUUAUUUAUGCAGACAGAAUUUGAAUUUGGAAGUAGAAACUUACGCCAUCUUGUGAAAAAUGCACAAACUCAGGGCUGUAGAGGUUCAGAGUUAUUAAUAGUAUUAGAAGAGGUAUUGUCUAAAAAAAAUCGUAUCUCUAAUUUGGCAGCAUACAUAUGCGUCAACUAGGGGGGUUUUUUUUAAAGCCGAUACAUCUUAUACAGCCAAUAACUGUAAUUAGGUACGAUUACCCCUACAUGAGUAAAAUUAGGUUUUAUUUCGGGGAAAAGAAUCGAAUCUAUUACAAUUUUACAGCUCGAGUUUUAGUUGAUAUAAUCGAUACCUGUAAAAAGUUAAUUUAUAUUGUUCAUUACCUUACGGGCCAAAAUGGUUGAAUAGUUGGAGGGAAAUUAGUGUAUUCUCUACAUCAUAUUUGUUCACGAUAGUUAUACGAAACACGCUUACCAGUUGUAGUUACAAGAACAUCGAGGAAUUCUAGUCAUAUAAGUAUGGACAUAAUUUUAGUUAUACACUAGCGGCGCGCACCGGCGUCGCACGCGUUACACAAAUUAUACACCUAAACCUUCAUCAGGAAUCACUAUUGAUAGGUGAAAACCGCAUGAAAAUCCAUUCAGUAGUGUUCGAGUUUAUUACGAACAUACAUAUGGUAACUUAAGUUUUAAAAAUGAGACGAAUCUUAUUUUAUUUAGUUAAUUAUCUAGUCCAAAUGUAAUCAUUCCAGUCGUAUACAACAUUUUACGUUAUUAAUGUUAUUCUUUUUUUAUUUAUUUUUACACUUUUACUCAUUGUUGGUAAUAUUAUUUUAAAUUAUUUUUAGAUUAUAAGCUCUAACAGUACCAAAAAUACUCUUUAAUAUUUAUAUUUUAAUUAGUAAGGUGCAAUAUAUUUAAUGAAAAAAUAUUAUUAUACAUAUUUACACUUUCGAAACCUAGUUUAAGUUUACUAGUCAUUCACAGUAGCAUAUUAUACCAAAUAAUGCUCUGAAUUAAAAUGCUGUUAUAUUUAAAAAUAUAACAAUAGCUACCACAGACGUGGUUUCUUGUAUUUGUAUUAAUAAUUAAGUAUAGCAAGAAUUUUUAAUGAAUUAAAUACAUGUGAAAAAGGUUGAUUAACAAAGCAAUAAUUUGUAUUUGGGUGGAUAUUGAAAUGAUACUCAUAUUAUAACAAAAUACAUGUAUUAUAUACACAAUAAUAAAUAAAAUAUAAGUCUUUGAUCAUAACGAAUCUCAUAAAUGCACCAUAAAUAAAGAGUUGGCAUUUCCAGCCACCUUAACAUAAGUUGAAACAAUUUCUCAAAUAAGUGAGUAGACUUAUACAUAAUAAAUAUAAUGGAUCCAAUUGCUGUUGUCAAAUAAAUACAUUCCAUUUA